AUGAAUUAUAUUACACCUUUAUUACAUGUUAUAGCCCUAACCUUUACGUUUUGGCAAUCUGACUCUUUGUGCGACAUAAAGGGUCCCAUUGAACAUGCGGCUAAUAGACAACAUAUAAAUGGAGUUAAAUUAGGUUCCAGCUUUGGAAGAAUUUUACAUGAAGCAGCAGAAAUUUCAACUGAGACCUAUAGAAAUUAUAACAUACCAUAUAUGAGACUAGUAGAUUAUUCAGAUUCACAUGUACAUGACGUUCAGUUGGAGGAAGAAGAUGCAGAAAAUAUACAACAAUUUGAGCUUGCUGAUAAGAUAAGUAGAGAAUUGUAUGAUGCUGUCGUAGAGAUGGCAUCUGAAUAUGUCGACUUUACAGAAUUGAUGGAUGUCAAGUGGAGAGAUAAAAUGUGGAAUGACAUAUGGGUUAAAUAUUUAUCCAGCAUAAUUCAUGAUUUACAAGUUUGUCUUUCGUACACUUUCCUACCUGUAAAUUCUAGAGAACAAAUCUUUAAUAAUUUAAUACAUUUAACUAGAGAGGAUUUUCAAGCAUUUUUAAAGGUUAUCGAUAAAAAAUGGAACGAAAAAUUAAAUGGGAACGAUGUGUCAAGAAUGUGA